AAGUAUCCAUCUCUCUGUUGGCCACUCUAUCGUUGACCUUCUCGUUUCCGCGUCCCGUGUCAAAGUAGCAGCCGGAGUACAAUUGAGGCGGAUCAGCGCGCUUGGCUUCAUUCUCCCGCACACGCGCAGCACGGGCAGCACGCAAGCGCACGUUUAAACAGUUAGCCAUCCCACAAGCAAAGCUGUUUUAUAGUUAACUGAAAGAGACCGGGUGAGCACCCUCUGACCGAACAAAAUUAUCACUGGCGCAGAGGUACGACCCAUUCAAGACUUGUGAACACUGUCAUUUGGUCCUGCAUGUCCCUGAGAGUCAAUGGCUGAUUCUGGCUCCUCUGCCACAGUGCCUGAAGGAUUUCACUAUGAGACCAAGUAUGUCAUCCUCAGCUACCUCGGCCUGCUCCCGCCGUCAAGAUCAAGACCCUCAGAGACAGCGGAGGGAAAGAGCCAUUCUACACUGGAAGUGGAAAGAGAGCGGAAUAGCAGCCUGAAGAAACAGAUUGAGAAUGAAAUGAAGCAGCUGGAAGAGGAAAUUGCGGCCUCUUUUUCCAGGACUGGUUUUGAUCAGCUCACAUCCCCAGUGUUCAGUCCAACCAAUCCAGAAAGCUCCAUAGAAGACAGCCUGGCAGUGCUUGGGGACCAUGUCUCACGGGACCUGGACACACACCUGUCCUCCGCCACUCACACGCUUCUGAACAGUGAUUUGGACUUUGAGCGCUUCAGAGCAGCGGUGGAGGACGUGUCCUCUCAUGCUCAAGGAGGAUGGAGCAAGGUGUUGGUACCCUUAGUAUUGUUACAAGCCCUGCAGAAUGAGGGGCAGCCACUGGAAACUCUGCUGCAUUAUGGUUUGCGUUACCUUGAGGAGUCACAAGCAGACUUCAUCAUUGAACAGGGAGGAUGGGGCACUGUGUUCAGCUUGGAUGAAGCUGAGGACCCUGGUGUGUUCAUAGCCGAGGACAGUAACGACAUCUAUAUCCUGUCAGCUGAACAGGCCUCGGAUCCGUUGAGUCCUCCUGCUUCAUUACUGACACUUGGAGAUAGCAGUGAGCCACCUUCCUGGCAGACAGAGAGUCUUCCUGUGUCUCUGACAGGACACGAGUCUUGGGCACAGGUUGGCAUGAUGGACCCAGAAGACGCCAAGAGUCUGGACAGCGCCGAAGGAGUGGCGUUAGUCGAGGAGCAAAGCGAGAACAACUCCUCGAACUCUGACAUUGUCCACGUGGAGCGUGAAGAUGCUGAACUUCUAGAAGAAGGUGGGGAGACGGUGGAGGAAGGGGAGCUGCAGAGUAGCGUACUUAGUGUGCUGGGCAGUGAAAGCGAACUUGCUGCUGUCCAAGAAGAAGCACCAACCGCAGAGCUAGUGCAAACAGCAACUGAGCUGACUGUGGAAGAGAUCCCUCCACCUCCAUCCUCAGAGCAAGAGCACCCAGCUGCCCCUGCUGCCUCGUUCCCCGUGCCUGAGCCUGAACUUCAGUCUCAGCCUGUUCCAGCUCCUGUGGAGCCACAAUCAUCUCCCCCACCUGAUCUAGAACCCGAGGGGGUCCAAGCAACCCAAGAGCAGGAGAUUCUUCAUGAGGUGAAGGCCUUCUCCACGGCCCACGACCACCCUGAGGUGCAGAUGAAGUCAGUGCCACAGCCCGAGUCCUCUGACCUCCCUGUGCUGCUGUAUGGUGGUGCUGCCCUGGUGGCCGUCGCUGCAGUAUUGGCUUUUGGAGCGCUGGCCUACAGGAAGAAGUAGAAAUUCUGUGACUGUCCAUGACCUCACUGUAUCUCUUUCCCCAACGGAAGCCCUGUGGGUCACAGUGACGCCACAAGCUGCAAUUUAUGGGAAAACUACUCUUAUGUGUCAUACCAAUUUAUUCAUAUUCUUUUUGUUCUUGUUGCUUUUAUUUGUUGGCUUAGUCCAGCUUUAUGACUGGAGAUGAACCUACAGGUGAAGUCAGGUUUCUUUUGUGCUGUAUUAGUAAACAUAGUAGUGAUUGGUUCACUAUGCUGUGACCUAGGUUCCUGGUACCAAAAGGAACAUCAGGGCUUCUGAUUCUGAAGAAGUUAAUUUGUGUUAGUGAAGCAUGUUUAUUCUCAUAUAUAAAUAUUUGAUUUAAUGAAGUUAGGUUUGAUUUUUAAACAAGCUUUUGCGAGUUCAUGAUUUUGAUUUUAACUUAUCAGACAUGAAAUAUUAAAGUGCAAAUCUUUAUAGGCUGUGCUCUUCCGAUGGAUUGUGUGACUGAUAUCCUCCCAAAAUAGAUCAGUACUUGUACAAGAUUACUCGCAACAACCAAAAACAAAGACAUUUAGACAUUCAUAUUAACCAUAUUUAGUAUAUAUUUUGAAUAAAUUAGGCUUGCAUGAAUCCUUUGAAUUCCCCCUUUUAAAGUUAAGUUGAAGCCUAGGUCACAGUCUCAAGUGGAAAACCCCUUCACUUUGACUGAUACAUUUUAACAUCAAGUGUUUGUCGUUUCUUGAUGUACACCAAUUCAUUAUAAUGUGAACAUUUGUUCUGUUAGAUGCAAAACGUGUUUGUAGAAACUUAAAUACUACACCAGCACAGUCAAUAGUGCCACGGCGACAGGGCACAGUUGACUGAAUUUAUCUCAACGUCAGGAACCAUAAUAUAAUGCUAGAUGAAAAGUAAUUUAGUUUUCUAAUAUGAUGUUUCUAAGUAUGAAUUUUGUAAUUAAAUGCCCCUACUUCUGGGUCAGAAGCAAUUUCAAUAAAAUUUUAAAAUGAGAAUAUGAUGAAACAUUAAACUUAAACCACUAUGAUUUAUAAAAAUCCAAAUGGGUUUUGUAAUUCUAGAUUAAAAAGUGAUUUGCUGUUAGGUAACAUUAUCUGUCUGUUGUUCAAAUCAUGUGCUGACUUCAGGUUUGGGGGACCAGAAUGUCUCUUAAAUGUCUAAUGCACCACAAAGAUCUGUCAUCGGUCCUUUGCAGUUUUUCUUUCUCCUCAAACUUAGUACUUACUGUCUUCUCUGUUUCUGAUUUAACACCUUGCCUGUACCUUGUGCUGUUGUUUGUCUUUAAGAUAAAAAGGCCUGCACAGCACAGCCUUGUCACCCUCCUUUCCCUGUUGUGUGCCUAUCCAAAAGAAACCCUGCUAUUCAAAACAACAGAAAACAUAAGCAGAAGUCACACACAAAGGCGGGAUCCACCUGUUUUUUGUCAGUGGUUGACAACCUCAUGUCAGAGAAAGUACUUUUUUUUUUUUUUUGCAAGUGAGGUUUUUUGUAUCACAGAUUGACAAAAGAUGUGAAAUAAAACUGUAUUCCAUCAAGGGUUAA